AUGGUUUCCGCACAUACCGAUGGCCAAACCGAGCGCAUCAACCGGGUCAUCGAAGAGGUGCUUCGCGCCUAUGUCUCUGCACGCCACACUGACUGGGACACCCUCCUCACCCCGGUGGAGUUCGCCAUCAACAACUCCCUGCAAGCUUCCACCGGGCACUCCCCCUUCUACCUAAACUCGGGUCGCCACCCCCUCACCCCGAGAACCCUUUUCAAACCACCACCCACCGACACCCCGGCCGCUGAUCAAUUCCUGGCGAAUAUCGCGACUGCACUUACUGACGCCAAAGCCCUUAUUGCAGUCGCCCAAAACCGGCAGAAGCAGUACGCGGACCGUAAGCGACGGCCGCUUAUACUUCAGCCCGGCGACCAGGUGUAUCUUUCCACAGCACAUCUCACUCUCCCCGGGCGUACGCAAGUACGAAAACUCGGGCCAAAAUACACGGGGCCCUUCACCAUUUUGCAGGCGAUCAACGACGUCGCCUACAAAUUAGACCUCCCCGACCACAUGCGGGUACACCCCGUGUUCCACGUAUCCCUGCUUAAACCCUUCACCCCCAACGACGACCUCCGAAUUCCGGGGCGGGAACAACCCCCUCCACCUGCCCUUGUUUCUGACGCAGAUCCUGCUCUUACGAUUGACCGGGUUAUCGACACCCGAAAAGUCAGACGACGGAACACGACACGAACCCAAUACUUGGUUACGUUUCGCGAUCAACCUUUUCACGAAGCAAUGUGGGUGGACUCAACCCUAGUACAGGCAGCCCCCUCUGGCAGCAACGAGGACGUUGCUGCAGAUCAGGGGGGGGACUAG